AUGACCACGCUCUGCGUCAGCUCACAAAGAUACGUGGCGUCUGCCGUCUACAACUCGGGAGCACUUUCCCUCGCCUCCUCUACGGAUGACGUGCCGCGCAAUUCUGUUAUGAUCAGGUUGCUCGACACCUGCAUCCGCGUCCUUAAGGAUGCGGGGACGAACAAGUUGUUCAUCAACGGCAUGAAAGGGGAGAUGACGGUCUCUCGGAAUUAG